AUGUCUCAUGAAAAGCAACCUCUCCUACCGCACAGCAUAUACAGGAUAGAAACCCCUAAGAAUACUCACGGAUGGAAAUAUAAAACGCUCCGUACGUUGGUGUGGCUAUCCCUAUUCUUUCUUUUGUCAUUUCAAACAUUGAGGUUGUCUACCAAUAUUUAUUUCAGUAACCAAACGUUUACAGUGGUAAGUAUUUACCCAAGUGGGUUGACAAAUGAACAUAAGGAUAUCAAAUUCACUUGCAAGAUAGAAUUAAAACAAGAAUCAAUAUAUGAUGAUUCCUUUAAUAUGGAGAAAGUAACCACGUUUCUGAAUGAAAAUAUUGUCAAGGGGGUAGAUAUUGGAAUAAGGAAUGCCGUUAUACUUAAUGUCGCCGAAGAUUCGAAGGAGAGAAAUGCUACUGUAUUGGGGAACGUUUCCAUAGAGAAAUUAAUCUCUGUUUCAUUGGAACCGAAAGGUGAUUCACAACUAUUAACUAUCCAUGGAACGAUAGAACCCAAAAUGGAUAACAUUUGGGAUAUUAUAAAAAAUUUCAAAAAUUACGAUAUUUGGUUAAAAGGUGAUCUUGAUGUUUUCAGACCUACGGCAAUUUGGAACAUUCCUUUCUUCAAAUCCUCUAAGGUACACAUAAAACUUUAA